AUGAGAGUCACAGCAUGGAUCCCUCUCCUCCUCACUACAGCUUUGGCUGCCCCAGAGCUAGAAAAGCGUCAAAGUGACUCUCAGGCUGCUUCGAGCGAUGCUGUCAACUGGUCCUCAUUUGGAAAUGCCUUGCAAUCUUUCACCUUCAACUUUACCAUGCCCACAAAAACAGCCAACCUCGGCAACAUCUCACCACCUCCUCGCUCCCUCAUUCCGGAGAUCAUCACCGCACUCCCUCCCUCCGUGCUGAUGGAACUUAUCGUCCCCGCACAGCGCAGCGCCCUCGCCAGUCAGUUCAAGGCCGGUAGCACGCCCGCCUGGUACUCAACCCUUCCCAGUAAUGUACAGAGUUACUUGUCCGUGGUGAAAAGUCAGAUCUCCGAUGGUGCGUUGACCGCCACCACGGGGCUGGCGUAUCAGACUGCUCCCACCGCGACUCCUACGAGGGUGACGACGGCGACAGAGAAGGAUUCUGGGUCGGGAGAAGCGACCUCGACUUCGUCCAAGGGAUUGGCCGCAGCGGCUCGGCCGACGGGAGUGUUGAUGGCAGGGGGAGUGGGUAUGGGGGUGUUGGGUUUGGCAUUGGUACUGUGA